GUGUCCAGGCCCCUGAAUGGUUGGGAGGUAGGGGUGUCACAGGAGGUGGAAGGACACUCCUAACUUUACUGUGACCACCGUCAGCUUCGCAAAGCAGACCUCCUCCCAUGGACACUGCUGACUGCCAAGAAGACGCACGUUUGACUGACCAGGAGGCAAUCAACGGGGCUGACAUGGCAUCUGGCAGAGAGCACGAGGAUCAGGCGGUGCCGAAUGGCGACGUAGAGGAGAGUAACAUCCAUGGUAUACAAUCUCGUUACUUGCGAUGUUCGUCACCCAGCCUCUCCAUGACGUCAGAGUCCAGGUUUUCUGCCAUUUCUGGCUCGGAUGCCGGCAGUAUUUUUAUGGAGCCGAUCCACUUGUCGUCGGCCAUUGCCGCCAAGAAGAUCAUUAAUGAGGAAUUGCCACCUCGAGGUGCCCGCCCCGAGUCCAUCCCAGAGUCCGUGCUUGAAACCGCUGAGCAACUGAUGGUGGAGGACCUCUACAACCGAGUGCGGGAGAUGAUUGAUGACCGCAGCCCCUACAACACUCCCUGUGUGCUGGACAUCCAAAGGGCUAUGGUUCAGGAACGCCUGGAGGCCCCCAGCAGGGAUAUGGAUGAAGUGUGGCCAAACAUUUUCAUCGCUGAGAAAUCCGUCGCCGUCAACAAGGCCCGGCUGAAGCGAAUGGGCAUCACGCACAUCCUUAACACCGCACACGGCACCGGCGUCUACACGGGGGAGGCUUUCUAUUCCGGGAUGGGGGUGCACUACAUGGGUGUUGAGGUGGAUGACUUCCCUGACGCUGACAUCUCACCACACUUCCGGCCUACUGCUGAAUUCUUGGAUGAAGCUUUGCUGACUCACAAGGGCAAAGUUGCGGUGGUUUCCAUGAUGGGUGUCAGUCGUUCAGCUGUCCUGGUAGCAUCCUACCUGAUGAUCUUCCAGCACAUGACCAUCAUGGAGGCCCUGACAGCCAUGAGGAAAAAGCGCCCCAUCAAUCCCAAUGAGGGUUUCCUCAAACAACUGCGAGAGCUCAAUGAAGACUUGCUGGAGGAGAGGGAGGAUGACGACACACUCAGCCAAUGUUCCGUUAUCGACGCACGCACCCGCGCUCGGAUCUUUGGCGCGGGCAGUGAAGAUCAUGAGCUGGAUCACGACGAAAGCCAAAGCAUGAUUGAGGUUAAAGCGCACUCCAUCAUGAUGGAGGAGGAGGAAGACGGCGCCAGUGUGAUGAGCAGCGUGGCCUCCUCCGCAGCCGCUGAGGAGCUUCGGAGCAGAUCCAACAGAGCGCACAACGGUCAAACUUCAAAGUCAGUCCUGUCUAAACAGGUGGGAAGCACGGAAGUUGGCGAGGAUGACGACGGUUUGGAUCGAAUGAUUCACGAGUGGCAGCGCAGAAAUGAGCUCUACCAAAGUGAUGAGUGGUGGGAGGCGCAGCUGAACAGCGACGUGGAGGAUGCGGCGCCCGACGCGUGUGCAGAUGUUGAGAGUGUCACCAGCGAGGAUGUGCGCGACCUGAAGGAAUGUUUGAAGCGCCCCCUCAGACGGCUUGCGUCGGAUGCUGUGUCCACCUCGAGCCGCACCAGUUACACUGACCUCUGGAAGCAGCGAUUGCGGGAGAUCGAGGAGGAGGCCUCCGCUCGGUAUCGAAAAAAGGAUCAUGGUGAAGGCAACGACAGUGAUGUAGCACAACAGGAGGCAAAGAAUAAAAUUGAUGAGGAGAUGGAGAGCAUCCUUUCAGACAAUACGUCAAUGUACAAUUUCUGCCUGAAGAACAAGGACAAGAUGACGCCUUUGGAGCGCUGGCGGGUCAAGCGGAUUCAGUUCGGAUGGAACAAAAAAGAUCGUGGAGACGGAGAGAAUAGUUCUGUUGGUGAUAAUGAGAAAAGUGAUGGUGUUGAAGCAACAACUCCAUCCUUCGAAGACGUCAACCUGACCGCCUAUCAGUCUUGGAAACGGAGGCAGCAGAGGCGACUUGGCGAGGAAAACAUGGAAGAGAUUCUGGAGCUGAGUCGGGGUGACGAUUCUGCCACUAUUAAACGGCGGCAAAGGCGGGAGGAGAUCCUGGAGCGUUCCAAAAAGACGUUAGAAGAAAGCCAGUCUGUCUGCGGCUGGGAGAAUGAGAGCUGUAUAAGUGGCGGCACAAUACCUCUCUCCGCCUUCUGGGCCGGAGCUGGGGUCACUGGACCACCCAGUGUCGUCAGUGACGACAACAUGUCGAUGAUCAGCGGACAAUCGUCUGUCCGAACGUCUGCAUCGCAGGCCUGUAGUACGAGAUCAACGCACUCAAUCCUACAACCUCCUCCCAUUCUUCCUGUUCCGACCGUCCAGGGUCCCUCGGGAGAACCAAUGGUAAACCUGGCCAGCAUCCAGAACUGGAUCACCAAUGUGGUCACCGAAACCAUUAAACAGAAGCAGAGCGAGAUGAGCCUUACUCCUCCAUCACUCGGGGGUUCGGAGCUGAGUUUUGGUGCUCCGUCCAACGUGAUGACAGGCCGUGGUGGAGAUGACAAAGCCUCCGUGUUGAGUAGGCAGUCUUACUCCAGUAGCAUGUCGCACGGUUGUGGCCGGCCAGCAUCUGUUGGUGGCUUAAGUGGGGUCAGUGCCGGAGGUUCUGCGCUGCUGGAGGCUCAGAAAAAUAAAAUCACCACCACCAGUGUCCCUCUGUUCAGCCUCUUCCAGGACCAGGUCAACCUCGGCAAACUGGAUGCCAUUGACAAGGAGAUCAGGUCUGAAAUGAGAGACAAGAUGGCGACCUAUGAGAAGAAGAAAAUUCUGGAGGACAACAAGCGCAGCACUUUAUACAAGAAAAAGAAACCAAAGGCGGAUGAAGAUGAAGAGGAGGAGAAAAGGAAGGAGGAGGAAUUCCUUGAAGAGACAACGAAAAAGAAGCAGAAACCUUUCAAGACAUUUGGCCUCUCUGGAUGUUUGAACCUCAACCCCGCUCUGGAGACCACCAAGAACACCAGCGUUGACGACUGGCUGAAAACGGUCAGGCCUCCUCCCAGAAAAGCUGCCGCCGCGGCAGCAACGGAGGAUCCCUGUGACGACCUAGACGGCUCCGCCUCCCAGUUUGACUUCUCCAGCCGCAGGGCCUCGUGUGCUGGUGAGGAAGAUGACAUGCAAACAUAUGGCAGCACCUCCGGAUACUUAUCCCAACUGCAAAUGGACACAUCUGCCAAUGGCGCGCACUAUUCUGGCAUCAACAAUGGCCACAGUCAAGCCAGGAAAUCAUAUGGCGAGGACGUUGAGCCGAGUGACCUGAGCUCUAGGAGGAAAUUCACGAAUCAUUCACUAUACAAAAGCAACGACACAGCUGGGGGGAUGCGGGAUGCGGAUGGUGACGAUGAGGAAGAAGACGUUGAAGCCUUCAUCGCCCAAACUAGGCAGAGGGUUAGAGCUCGAGCGGCCGCCGAGGAGCCCGACGACGAGGUGCUCGCUGCCUGGAGGGCGCAGCAGGAAGCUAAGUGGCAAAGUCAAUCAUAGAUAAAUUGAGCAGGAAACAAAUGAGCGGCGCCAUUGACUGCCUGGGAGGGGGGAGGGGGGCGGGGGGGGGGCAAGUGGUAUAGAAAAUAAAUAAAUGGAGAUCAAUGAGUAAAAACAAGUGCACAUAAUUUACUCUUUGAAUGCACAAAUUCUAGUAAACAUAUUGCGUGUAUUUCUUUAUAAUAAAAGAAAACUGCUGAUUUGCAAUUAAUAAAUGGGGAAACAAUUACCACAGUGGAUUUUCAAAUAUGUAAUUCUUCGCAGGAAAGCACCGCCGUGACUGGUUCGCACAAAACGCUUCCUCCCACAGUCCAAAAUGUGGAUAAAAAAAAAAAAGAUUACCUGGGAAUUGAAAAAUUCUGUCCGAAUGCGAGAGUGAAUUAUUGUGUGAAAUUGUCAUGCCUAUGACUGACAGGUGAUAUAUCAAAUAUGUAAAUCACUUGAGAUGGGCUCAAGCAGGAUAACAAGUAUAGAAAAGUGAUGUAAAAGGCAUCUGGAAAGUAUUCACAGCGCUUCACUUUUUCCAUUUUUGUUAUUUUACAGCCUUGUUCCAAAAUGGAAUUGUAUUUUUUUUGUCAAACUUCUACACCCAACACGCCAUAAGAAUAAUGUGAAAAAUGUUUUCUUUUGGCAGAUUUAUUAAAACGAAAAAACAGAGAUCACCUGAUGGAUGUAUACACUGCCUUUGCCUUGAAGGCCAAAAUUAAGAUUAGGUGCAUCAUG